AACAAAUAAAAGCGAGGGCAGUGGUGCUUCAUUUCCAGCUUGCGGGAAUUAAUAAUAGUCACAACACAAAUAAUAUGGGGAGAGCUCCUUGCUGCGAGAAAAUGGGAUUGAAGAAAGGAUUAUGGACUCAAGAAGAAGAUCUGAUUCUCAUCCAUCAUAUCAACACACAUGGCCACAAAAAUUGGCGUGCCCUACCCAAACAAGCUGGGCUGUUGAGGUGUGGAAAGAGUUGCAGACUCCGGUGGAUAAAUUAUUUGAAGCCAGAUAUUAAACGGGGCAACUUUACCAGAGAAGAAGAGGACAUGGUAAUCCAGUUGCAUGAAACGUUGGGGAACAGAUGGUCAGCCAUAGCAGCAAAAUUUCCGGGGCGCACAGACAACGAAAUAAAGAAUGUGUGGCACACCCACUUGAAGAAGAGGCUGCCCCAACAGGCAAAACAAAAGCAACAGCAAAAGCUAUCUUCCUUGGACACCCUAAAUUCCAAACAACAACCCGUGAAUCUUCCCACAGAGGAGAAGAAGCCACUAUCUCCCCCACAGUGUGUAAGUAGUAGCAUGUCAACCCUCACCACUAGUAGUGACACCACCACCAACGAGCAUAAUAGUAAUCAUCAUCACGUGCCCAUGAUGAAUAACAGUACUACUGCUCCUGAAUCGCUGGACGAUGAUUUCUGGUCUCAAGUUCUCUCGGCUGAUAAUAAUAAUUCCGAUGCCACCACCAGUUUUCCGGCCACUGGCACCGCGGCUGACGGGAAGUUCCAAGGGGUCCAUCCAUCAAGUGUGUACAAUAAUGUGGACUAUUGGUUUGAUGUUUACAUGGGAGCGCAGGAAUUUCAAAAAUUUUGAUGUUGCAUGGCUACUCAAGUACUUAUAUAUGUUGUCAAUUAGUUUAAUGGUUUUUUUAAGACAAAUUAGUUUAAUAGUUAAUAGUUAAUUACUUAUAAAUUGAUUACCUUGUUAGUUUUUAGUAUAUAAGUUGAAGAUAAUUUUUGUUUUCAUACAUUUU